AUGUUCCUACUGCAGAGCUGGGGGAGAGUUGUGGACACCACUGCUCUGGUACGUAGCUGUGUACAGAGCGCAGUGGGCAUGCUCCGAGACCAGCUGCAGGGAGGAGUCCGUAGCACCAGGAGAGUGGAGAUCCUGCUCACACUCCUGACUGACAACCAGGAAAUAAGAGGUAAGAGCAAUACUUCUAUAGUACUCAUUGUUUUUUUUUUUUUUAAGCGACUUGAAAGAUUUUUCUUGCGGUAAUAAGCGCUAUAUAAAAUACAUCUAUUGUUAUUAUUGCUGUUUAGACCUAUUCUCAGUAACUGCUUACCCAUUGGCGCGCUAUAUUUAAGCAGUAGUGCGUGCUAGCACCGGAGAAGUUUGAAAAUUGAGACGCUCAACAAGCAAUCUCCAUACUUCUCUGGCAUUACCAUGCCCGGGCUUGCAUGGAUACAGCACAACAAUGGGUGAUCAUUGACAUGCAUUCCAUUCACAAUGAUUAUACUCAGACUAUGAAUGUUUAUGAACAGCUGAAUUUCUGAGCACCGUGAAGAGACGUCUUCACUCGUUGCUGUCGACCCAUGAUGACAACACGUUCAAACUGUCCUCAAAUAACUGGGUCAUCAAGGAGGCGUCCAACAUUGACGCACUGCAGGAAGGGGGGACAUUCAGGUUAGUGACAUUUACAUUUACAUUUUAGUCAUUUAGCAGACGCUCUUAUCCAGAGCGACUUACAGGAGCAAUUAGGGUUAAGUGCCUUGCUCAGGGGCACAUUUACGUCAUUUAGCAGACGCUCUUAUCCAGAGCGACUCACCAAUUGGUGCGUUCACCCUAUAGCCAGUGGGAUAACCACUUUACAAUUUUUUUGGGGGGGGGGGGGGGGGGGGUAGAAGGAUUACUUUAUCCUAUCCCAGGUAUUCCUUAAAGAGGUGGGGUUUCAAAUGUCUCCGGAAGGUGGUGAGUGACUCCGCUGUCCUGGCGUCGUGAGGGAGCUUGUUCCACCAUUGGGGUGCCAGAGCAGCGAACAGUUUUGACUGGGCUGAGUGGGAACUAUGCUUCCGCAGAGGAAGGGGAGCCAGCAGGCCAGAGGUGGAUGAACGCAAUGCCCUCGUUUGGGUGUAGGGACUGAUCAGAGCCCGAAGGUACAGAGGUGCCGUUCCCCUCACUGCUCCAUAGGCAAGCACCAUGGUCUUGUAGCGGAUGCGAGCUUCAACUGGAAGCCAGUGGAGUGUGCGGAGGAGGGGGGUGACGUGAGAGAACUUGGGAAGGUUGAACACCAGACGGGCUGCGGCAUUCUGGAUGAGUUGUAGGGGUUUAAUGGCACAGGCAGGGAGGCCAGCCAACAGCGAGUUGCAGUAGUCCAGACGGGAGAUGACAAGUGCCUGGAUUAGGACCUGUGCCGCUUCCUGUGUAAGGCAGGGUCGUACUCUCCGAAUGUUGUAGAGCAUGAACCUGCAGGAGCGGGUCACCGCCUUGAUGUUGGCGGAGAACGACAGGGUGUUGUCCAGGGUCACGCCUAGGCUCUUCGCACUCUGGGAGGAGGACACAGCGGAGUUGUCAACCGUGAUGGCGAGAUCAUGGAACGGGCAGUCCUUCCCCGGGAGGAAGAGCAGCUCCGUCUUGCCAGGGUUCAGCUUGAGGUGGUGAUCCGUCAUCCAUACUGAUAUGUCUGCCAGACAUGCAGAGAUGCGAUUCGCCACCUGGUUAUCAGAAGGGGGAAAGGAGAAGAUUAGUUGUGUAUCGUCAGCGUAGCAAUGAUAGGAGAGGCCAUGUGAGGAUAUGACAGAGCCAAGUGACUUGGUGUAUAGGGAGAAAAGGAGAGGGCCUAGAACUGAGCCCUGGGGGACACCAGUGGUGAGAGCACGUGGUGCGGAGACAGCUUCUCGCCACGCCACUUGGUAGGAGCGACCGGUCAGGUAGGACGCAAUCCAGGAGUGAGCCGCGCCGGAGAUGCCCAGCUCGGAGAGGGUGGAGAGGAGGAUCUGAUGGUUCACAGUAUCAAAGGCAGCAGACAGGUCUAGAAGGACAAGAGCAGAGGAGAGAGAGUUAGCUUUAGCAGUGCGGAGAGCCUCCGUGACACAGAGAAGAGCAGUCUCAGUUGAAUGACCAGUCCUGAAACCUGACUGGUUUGGAUCAAGAAGGUCAUUCUGAGAGAGAUAGCAAGAGAGUUGGCUAAAGACGGCACGCUCAAUAGUUUUGGAAAGAAAAGAAAGAAGGGAUACUGGUCUGUAGUUGUUGACAUCAGUGGGAUCGAGUGUUGGUUUCUUGAGAAGGGGAGCAACUCUCGCUCUCUUGAAGACGGAAGGGACAUGGCCAGCGGUCAAGGAUGAGUUGAUCAGCGAGGUGAGGUAGGGGAGAAGGUCACCGGAGAUGGUCUGGAGAAGAGAGGAGGGGAUGGGGUCAAGCGGGCAGGUUGUUGGGCGGCCUGCAGUCACAAGUCGCAGGAUUUUAUCUGGAGAGAGAGGGGAGAAAGAAGUCAAAGCAUAGGGUAGGGCAGUGUGAGUAGGACCAGCAGUGUCAUUAGACUUAACAAACGAGGAUCGAAUGUCGUCAACCUUCUUUUCAAAGUGGUUGACGAAGUCAUCCACAGAGAGAGAGGAGGGGGGGGGCGGGGGGGGGGGGAGGAUUCAGGAGGGAGGAAAAUGUGGCAAAGAGCUUCCUAGGGUUAGAGGCAGAUGCUUGGAAUUUAGAGUGGUAGAAAGUGGCCUUAGCAGCAGAAACAGAUGAAGAAAAUGUAGAGAGGAGGGAGUGAAAAGAUGCCAGGUCGGCAGGGAGUUUAGUUUUCUUCCAUUUCCGCUCCGCUGCCCGGAGCUCUGUUCUGUGAGCUCGCAAUGAGUCAUCAAGCCACGGAGCUGGAGGGGAGGACCGAGCCGGCCGGGAGGAUAGGGGACACAGAGAGUCAAAGGAUGCAGAAAGGGAGGAGAGGAGGGUUGAGGAGGCAGAAUCAGGAGAUUGGAGGGAGAAGGAUUGAGCAGAGGGAAGAGAUGAUAGGAUGGAAGAGGAGAGAGUAGUGGGAGAGAGAGAGCGAAGGUUGCGGCGGCGCAUUACCAUCUGUGUAGGGGCAGAGUGAGUAGUGUGGGAGGAGAGCGAGAGAGAAAAGGAAACAAAGUAGUGGUCGGAGACAUGGAGGGGAGUUGCAGUGAGAUUAGUAGAAGAGCAGCAUCUAGUAAAGAUGAGGUCAAGCGUAUUGCCUGCCUUGUGAGUAGGGGGGGACGGUGAGAGGGUGAGGUCAAAAGAGGAGAGAAGUGGAAAGAAGGAGGCAGAGAGAAAUGAGUCAAAUGUGGACAUAGGGAGGUUGAAAUCCCCCAAAACUGUGAGGGGUGAGCCAUCCUCAGGAAAGGAACUUAUCAAGGCGUCAAGCUCAUUGAUGAACUCUCCAAGGGAACCUGGAGGGCGAUAGAUGACAAGGAUAUUAAGCUUAAAUGGGCUAGUGACUGUGACAGCAUGGAAUUCAAAUGAGGAGAUAGACAGAUGGGUUAGGGGAAAAAUUGAGAAUGUCCACUUGGGAGAGAUGAGGAUUCCUGUGCCACCACCCCUCUGACCAGAUGCUCUCGGGGUAUGCGAGAACACAUGGUCAGACGAGGAGAGAGCAGUAGGAGUAGCAGUGUUUUCAGUGGUAAUCCAUGUUUCCGUCAGCGCCAGGAAGUCGAGGGACUGGAGAUUAGCAUAGGCUGGGAUGAAGUCAGCUUUGUUGGCAGCAGAACGGCAGUUCCAGAGGCUGCCUGAGACCUGGAACUCCAGGUGUGGGGUGCGUGCAGGGACCACCAGGUUAGAGAGGCAGCAGCCACGCGGUGUGGGGCGUUUGUGUAGCCUGUGCAGAGAGGAGAGAACAGGGAUAGGCAGAGGCAUAGUUGACAGGCUGUAGCAAAUGGCUACAAUAAUGCAGAGGAGAUCGGAAUGAAAUGAACUAAACAUCUGGGACAGUAGAGAGCAGGGCCUCCCUCACCAAAAACUUCUACUUCUAACAACUAUAAUUGUUUCACUGAACCACCCGAACAAAAACUCUACCAACUUCCACCUUUAGAAAUCAGAAUUGUUGUGAACCACAGCGGUUCAAUGUUUAAAGGAAUAGACUCAACCCACUUUAUUCAGCUAGCUAACUAUGACACCAUAGCUAACUAGCAUGCUAGCAUCCAAAAACACACAGUUUAGCACCAACACUUGCAUCCAAAAACACACAGUUUAGCGCCAACACUUGGUCACAACAAACCACCAAUAGUGUGUUAACACACUAAGCAGAUAAUUUGUGUCCGUGUCUGUUGGCUAGCUAGCAAUGGCCACUGUGUUGACCUUGUUUGAAGAACGGCUAGCUAGCUAGCUUCGUGCUACCCCCGGCACCGCCGAACAACAAUGCCAACCCACAGUAACUAACCACAACAGCCCACGAUGCCUAGCUAUGACGCCAUAGCUAACUAGCAUGCUAGCAUCCAAUAACACACAGUUUAGCACCAAUACUUGGUUACAACAAACCACCAAGAGUGUGUUAACACACUAAACAGAUAAUUCAUGUCCGUGUCUAGUUUCUUUCGUAACGCAGCAAAAAAUUAAGCGUUGGUUAGCUAGCACAUUAACAUUGGAAACAACUCUCCACCGUUGCACUAAACAGAUAAGUACCAAUAAACGUUACCAGUAGCUACCCGCUAGCUAGCUAGCAUACCAAGAGUGUGUUAACACACAAAACAGAUCAUUCAUGUCCGUGUCAAGUUCCUUUCAUAACGCAGCAAAAAAAAUUAAACGUUGGCUAGCUAGCUAGCACAUUAGCUAGCACAUUAACAUUGGAAACCACUCUCCACCAUUGCACUAAACAGAUAAUAACCAAUAAACGUUACCAGUAGCUACCCGCUAGCUAGCUAGCCUCGUGCUUCGCCGGGCUCCGCCGUAACAAUACUUAAACAAUACGUAAACAAUAGACAGGGUGGUAGUAGUUCUACCCAUCAGUCAGUAGACAGGGUAGUAGUAGUAGUUCUACCCAUCAGUCAGUAGACAGGGUAGUAGUAGUAGUUCUACCCAUCAGUCAGUAGACAGGGUAGUAGUAGUAGUUCUACCCAUCAGUCAGUAGACAGGGUAGUAGUAGUAGUUCUACCCAUCAGUAGACAGGGUGGUAGUAGUAGUGACCACUAUGAUUUCAAAACGUCUUAUACCAAUACAAAUCCUCAUCUGUUUGCUAAAUUCAAAGGGACCUUAAAUAGUUAGUUUAAAAAAGUGAUCUCUUUAUGGGACAUAAGAUAUUAUUGAUUGGCCAAAUAACCAUACAUUUUGACUUGUACCAUAUUGUCAAUAAACGGCUGUACUAAACUGUUUUCUACCUUUUUGUACCAGACACACCCUAUGGAAGAGGGUGCAGGCUGUGGUCAUUCCCUUCUUGGCCCAGCUGGUCUCUGUCAUCGACCGCGACCGCAACCUGGACAUUCUGCUGGACUCCAACUCUGGAGAGGCGGUCAAGAAACUCUGGUUGGACAUCUUUGGGAACGACAAACUACUCGAGGUUCCCUACACAAGACUGGACCGCAAGUAAGUACUAUACUGGCACAGCAAUGGUUAUGUUGUUGGUCUAGAGAGCAUAGAAAUAGAAUGACUAGAACGGCCAUUUCUAAUCAAGUUGUUGUUCUGCGAUGGGUUGGACCUGCGGCCAUAUUGAGUAUUCCAGUCAAAUUGCCGUGGUCUGAGGGGCUUUGUCCCUUCUAGUAAUUAUAUUUAUGUGUUCUAGACUAGAGAAGCUGUCUUCUGUCAGGUCUGAUUCUAGAAUGUCAGUGAAUCAACAACUCCCUCUCUCUUUCCACUCUACAUUAACCCCUCCCUCCCUGUCCCAGUUCAGAGUCAAAGACCAUCCUGGUCCAGAACUACAUUGGGCUGGACAAGAACAUCGGCUGCAUGAUGCCCUUCAGCUGGAGGAUCAGGGACUACCUGGAUGAACUCUGGGUCCAUGCUCUCCAGCGUGAAGGUAGUAGGUUAUGACAAUACCUCAUAUGUCUAACUUAAAUAUCAGGGAUCAUCAACUAGAUUCAGCCAAGGGCCGUUUGUUAUUUAAAAAAUAAAUACAUUUAGUGGAUGGUGGGGGGCAGGAACAUAAUUACAAAUAAUUUGUAGACUGCAAAUUGACUGCAAGAAGCCCAAACAGAUAUAUAAUGUUUGACUAAAACAUAAUAAUUUCAAAUCUUGCUUACAUUUGCAUAUGAUCACGUGUCUCUCUAUUUAGCGUGGGAAUACUUGGGAACAGAUUUCUUAAAUUAAAAUCACUUGGAGCUGAUUUCCUGGUGUUUUUACAGUCUUAUGUCCAACAAUGGAAAUAAAAAAAGUAUUUUAUUUAUUUUUAUCAGAAAACCCUGUUAUAUGUUGUAACCAGGGGUUGUAUUGGAGAAUAAUUCAUUUACACACCUUGUUAUUUUGUGAAUAGGCAUUACGUAGCCAUUACGCCAAUUUAGUGUUCAUCAUUUCGACUAACGUUCAGCAUUAACCCACCUUAUGUUUUACUGCUACAUCCCUGGUUGUAGUCUAUAUGUUGUGUUCCAUAAUUCUUCAGUACUAGGUCUCUUAUCUAAGAAUAAUCUGAUUUUCUCUUCAUUUAACCUAGUUAUGUUGUUUCAGGUCACACUCAGAGCCAGUUUGAGGAGUUCUUUAGGAAGACCCCACUGGGCCGCUACAUCACCAAGGCAGACCCGGAGAUGCAGGCUGAGUUCUUCCACAGAUACCUGCAGGAUUUCAUCUCCAUGACCAUGAGUGUGACCUGUCAGGAGGAUCUGCAGGUAGGAGUUUCAUUUUUUUCCUUUCAACAUUUAUAUCAUGAUGCCAUUAGUGUGUUUUUUUAUGGAUCCCAGCAAUCCCUGGAAAAUGGCGAUGUCUGUUUCUGACUGGACUGUUAAAGAUGAAUUUAAUUGUUAUUUCAAGGUGUUAAUUAUUAGUGUGUGUGUGUGGUUGUACGCAUCCAUACAUCCUAACCAACCAUCCAGCUCCUUUGCGGUGCCUUGACCUGUUGUGUGAACGAGCUGCGGCUGCGUCACGAUGACGUCAUGGAGAAGGAAGUGACCUCGCUGCCCUGGGUCCACGCUGCCUACCAUGAGUUUAAGAACCGUCUGCAGAACCUGUUCAGGAUGAUCAGUAUCGAGCCCCAGUUGGCCCAGGUCCUCCGGGGGAACACGCACGCCAGAGAGGGGGAUGAACUGGUCAGUAUUACUGGGGAGCUACACUGGGCCGUUGUGGUUUCAUACCUGCUGCACUGGAUUCCUAACUUUUGGCCAGCGCGAGCAGACCGCGAUCCACCUCCAUCAAGGGUUCUCGGUGUGAAAAUCUUGAAAUUAGAACCAGGAGCAGCACUGCUUACGUCCAUGUUUCAUUGAAGAAAAAGCAUCUCACGCUUGGCAAAAGGUAUAAGUCUAGUAUAGCAGGCCAGUUCAGUGUUAAAGGUCUAGUAUAGCAGGCCAGUUCAGUGUUAAAGGUCUAGUAUAGCAGGCCAGUUCAGUGUUAAAGGUCUAGUAUAGCAGGCCAGUUCAGUGUUAAAGGUCUAGUAUAGCAGGCCAGUUCAGUGUUAAAGGUCUAGUAUAGCAGGCCAGUUCAGUGUUAAAGGUCUAGUAUAGCAGGCCAGUUCAGUGUUAAAGGGAUUCAUUUUACUUCAAGCAGUGAUACUUUUGUUUUCUUCCAGUCUUUUGAAUGCUGGUAGAGAUUAAAUGGAAGGUCAAUAUUUGUGUUUUAGCUCAAGCAUAGGGGAGAUCAGUGCUUGCUGGAAUAACACUUGUUUAUGCUGUGUGGGUUCUGUUGUAUUGGCACAAAUACUUGUGUUAAUAUAAUUUUACUUCAGGAACAAGGACAUCUUAAGUAUAUUCCUCUGCAUUGUGUCAUUUUGCAUUGACCAUAGCCUUGUGUGCCAAGCAUCUAUGUUCUCCUCUGCCUGGCUACACCAGACUGCAUGAACCCUGAAACCAUGCGUUAACUCCCCAGGUGCUGGACGUGUAUGCGGCCGUGGCCUGUGUAGAGUUCCUGGAGCCCCAGGCUCUGGACACGGACGGCCAGCGGCUGGUCUGGCUCAGGCAGGUCAAGAGGCUCCAGGUUCCCAUCGAGCUGGUCUGCUCCGAGGAGAGUCUGAGACACUAUGAGGAGAGGAGCAUGGUCAUGGUCCACAGAGUUCAGUGAGUUAACAGGGAUUCUAUUCAAUCUCAAUGACAGGAACAUGAAUGGCAAGGUUGACACAGUGACACUGACAUGGCCAGUACAUAAACUGACACUAUUUAUCAACUGUCGUUAGGUUUUGUUGCCUUGUCCCUUCAAAAGUCUGUUAUUUAAUUUUGAUUUGAUUUUGAUUUAAAAGAAGUGUAAAGCUAUCCAGUCAUCUGAAGGGCAGUUUUGUAUGAUUUGGUAGCUGCUAAAACUUUAGAAUAACAGAAUGCCAGUUUAUUUUUUUGAGUGAGUUGUGUUUGUUCUGUGGUCCCUGUAGGACCGGAUGGAACCGCAUUUUCACCCUGUCUCUGUUUGUGGAGCACAUGUUACUGGGCAUCGAGGCAGUGGAGAAGAAGCUGAAGCCUCUGGUCUUGGAGCACACCAGAGGGUUGUGCAAGGUCAGUGUGGUCUGGGGUCAUAUCUAUAGGAGUGCUGAUGUCAAUGGAGAAUCUCCAUCAAAAAUUGGGCUUUAUCUGUGUCUGGGGAAACUGCCUUUUAGGGUAUGGAAAGUACUGGAUAGUGCAGAAGCGUCAAUCAGUACUGAGCCAAUGGUGCCCUCCAGUGGUCUAUUUUAGUAAAUGUAACCGGUAACCACACCACUCCUUUGAUUUGCUGGGGCUAAUAUCAGAAUAAUAUACUCAACAAAAAUAUAAACGCAACAAUUUCAAAUAUUUUAUUGAGUUACAGUUCAUAUAAAGAAAUCAGUCAAUUGAAAUAAAUUCAUUAGGCCCUAAUCUAUGGAUUUCACAAGACUGGGAAUACAGAUAUGCAUCUGUUGGUCACAGAUAGGUAGGGGCGUGGAUCAGAAAACCAGUCAGUAUCUGGUGUGACCAGCAUUUGCCUCAUGCAGCGCGACACAUCUCCUUCACAUAGAGUUGAUCAGGCUGUUGAUUGUGGCCUGUGGAAUGUUGUCACACUACUCUUCAAUGGCUGUGUGAAGUUGCUGGAUAUUGGCCGGAACUGGAACACGCUGUCGUACACGUCGAUCCAGAGCAUCCCUAACAUGCUCAAUGGGUGACAUGUCUGGUGAGUAUGCAGGCCAUGGAAGAACUAGGACAUUUUCAGCUUCCAGGAAUUGUGGACAGAUCCUUAUGACAUGGAGCCAUGCAUUAUCAUGCUGAAACAUGAGGUGUUGGCAGCGGAUGAAUGGCACGACAGUGGGCCUGAGGAUCUCGUCACGGUAUCUCUGUACAUUCAAAUUGCCAUCGAUAAAAUGCAAUUGUUCGUUGUCCGUAGCUUAUGCCUGCCCAUUUCAUAACCCCACCGCCACCAUUGGGCACUCUAUUCACAACGUUGACAUCAGUAAACCGCUCGCCCACACGAUGCCAUACACGUGGUCUGCAGUUUUGAGGCCGGUUGGACGUAUUGCCAAAUUCUCUAAAACAAAGUUGGAGGCGGCUUAUGGUAGAGAAAUUAACAUUAAAUUGUCUGGCAACAGCUCUGGUGGACAUUCCUGCAGUCAGCAUGCCAAUUGCACGCUCCCUCAACUUCUGACAUCUGUGGCAUUGUGUUGUGUGACACAACUGCACAUUUUAGAGUGGCCUUUUAUUGUCCCCAGCACAAGGUGCACCUGUGUAAUGAUCAUGCUGUUUAAUCAGCUUCUUGAUAUGCUACACCUGUCAGGUGGAUGGAUUAUCUUGGCAAAGGAGAAAUGCUCACCAACAGGGAUGUAAACAAAUGUGUACACAAAAUUUGAGACAUACACAGUGCAUAUGGAACAUUUCGGGGAUCUUUUAUUUCAGCUCAUGAAACCUUGGACCAACACUUUACAUGUUGCGUUUUAUAUUUUUGUUCAGUGUACAUUUUAUUUACCUUUCAAAAUGGCAUUUGUUGUCUUUGUUCCGUCAAGGUCCUUGAGAAGAACUCUGACCUAAAAAGUGAGAAGCCGUUUGAGGCGGUGAUCGGUAUACUGAAAGCCUGCAAAGACGGAGCAAUGGAGUGCAUUUUAAGGUACAGAUUCCUUUUCCUUUUCCUGUCUGGAGUAUAUUUCUGUCUGGAUAUAUUAUAGUAUAGUGUGUGUGUGUGUGUGUGUGUGUGUGUGUGUGUGUGUGUGUGUGUGUGUGUGUGUGUGUAUAUAUAUAUAUAUAUAUAUAUAUAUAUAUAUAUAUAUAUACACACACACACACACACACACAUACAGUUGAAGUCGGAUGUUUACAUAUACUUAGGUUGGAGUCAUUAAAACUCGUUUUUCAACCACUCCACAAAUUUCUUGUUAACAAACUAUAGUUUUGGCAAGUCGGUUAGGACAUCUACUUUGUGCAUGACACAAGUAAUUUUUCCAACAAUUGUUUACAGACCGAUGAUUUCAUUUAUAAUUCACUGUAUCACAAUUCCAGUGGGUCAGAAGUUUACAUACACUAAGUUGACUGUGCCUUUAAACAGCUUGGAAAAUUCCAGAAAAUGAUGUCAUGGAUUUAGAAGCUUCUGAUAGGCUAAUUGACAUCAUUUGAGUCAAAUGAAGGUGUACCUGUGGAUGUAUUUCAAGGCCUACCUUCCAGCUCAGUGCCUCUUUGCUUGACAUCAUGGGAAAAUCAAAAGAAAUCAGCCAAGACCUCAGGGAAAAAAAUUGUAGACCUCCACAAGUCUGGUUCAUCCUUGGGAGCAAUUUCCAAACGCCUGAAGGUACAUUACAUUACAUUUUAGUCAUUUAGCAGACGCUCUUAUCCAGAGCGACUUACAGUUAGUGAAUACAUAUUUUUUUAUACUGGCCCCCCGUGGGAAUCGAACCCACAACCCUGGCGUUGCAAACGCCAUGCUCUAUCAACUGAGCUACAUCCCUGCCGGCCAUUCCCUCCCCUACCCUGGACGACGCUGGGCCGAAUUGUGCGCCGCCCAUGAGUCUCCCGGUCGCGGCCGGCUGCGACAGAGCCUGGAUUCGAACCAGGAUCUAGUGGCACAGUUAGCACUGUGAUGCAGUGCCUUAGACCACUGCGCCACUCAGGAGUACAGGUACCACGUUCAUCUGUACAAACAAUAGUACGCAAGUAUAAACACCAUGGGACCAUGCAGCUGUAAUACCGCUCAGGAAGGAGACGUGUUCUGUCUCCUAGAGAUUAAUGUACUUUGGUGCGAAAAGUGCAAAUCAAUCCCAGAACAACAACAAAGGACCUUGUGAAGAUGCUGGAGGAAACAGGUACAAAGUAUCUAUAUCCACAGUAAAAUGAGUCCUAGACUACGGUUUGCAACUGCACAUGGGGACGAAGAUCGUACUUUUUGUAGGAAUGUCCUCUGGUCUGAUGAAACAAAAAUAGAACUGUUUGGCCAUAAUAACCAUUGUUAUGUUCGGAGGAAAAAGGGGAGGGCUUGCAAGCCGAAGAACACCUUCCCAACCGUGAAGCACAGGGGUGGCAGCAUCAUGCUGUGGGGGUGCUUUGCUGCAGGAGGGACUGGUGCACUUCACAAAAUAGAUGGCAUCAUGAGGAAGGAAAAUUAUGUGGAUACAUCGAAGCAACAUCUCAAGACAUCAGUCAGGAAGUUAAAGCUUGGUGGCAAAUGGGUCUUCCAAAUGGACAAUGACCCCAAGCAUACUUCCAAAGUUGUGGCAAAAUGUCUUAAGGACAACAAAGUCAAGUUAUUGGAGUGGCCAUCACAAAACCCAGACCUCAAUCCUAUAGAAAAUGUGUUGGCAGAACUGAAAAAGUGUGUGCGAGCAAGGAGGCCUACAAACCUGACUCAGUUACACCAGCUCUGUCAGGAGGAAUGGGCCAAAAUUCAUCCAACUUAUUGUGGGAAGCUUGUGGAAGGCUACCCGAAACGUUUGACCUAAGUUAAACAAUUUAAAGGCAAUGCUACCAAAUACUAAUUGAGUGUAUGUAAACUUCUGACCCACUGGGAAUGUGAUGAAAGAAAUAAAAGCUGAAAUAAAUCAUUCUCUCUACUAUUGUUCUGACAUUUCACAUUCUUAAAAUAAAGUGGUGAUCCUAACUGACCUAAGACAGGGAAUUUUUACUAGGAUUAAAUGUCAGGAAUUGUGAAAAACUGAGUUUAAAUGUAUUUGGCUAAGGUGUAUGUAAACUUCCGACUUCAACUGUAUGUGUGUAUGUGUAUAUGUGUUUAUAUAUAUAUAUAUAUAUAUUAUAUAUAUAUAAUAUAUAUAUGAAUGAAACUCAUUACCCUUCAUGCUGUAUGCUUAACUUGCAUACUACUAUCCUGUCCGUGUCAAGGUUUGGCAUCCAGCCAUGCCCUGUGUGUAUGGGCGACCCCCACGACCCCCUGAGCUUGCCGUGUGACCACAUCUACUGCCUGGCCUGCAUCAGACAGUGGCUGGUCCCAGGUCAGAUGUACUGUCCUCUCUGCAUGCUGGUGGUGCCAGACGACUUCGCCCUCAGGCCCUCUGAAGACAUACGGUGAGGGCGGACCCUCGUUGAUUAGGACAUGACUAAGGUUGUUAGACAUACUGAUGGGUCUGUUUGUUAUCUGGAGAUGAUAACCUUAUGGAAAUAACUCUGACUUUAUUGUGAUUUAAUCCUAUUUUAAUGUUUAUUGUUGAUUUAAGCUUCAAUUCAUUCAUUCAUUUCACUGCAAUUCAUUAAUUACGGAAUACUGUUCUUGUGUAUGCUUUUUAGGCUCACCAGUUAACUGCUUUCAUACUGUAACGGAAUUUCAUUAGUGACAUACAGUAUGUGUGGUUUCAUUGCAUUGUUAGUCACGGUUGUGUCAAUCAUGUUAUUAUACAGGGUUCUCAUCAACCAGAACGCCCGCUUCAGGAAGCAGUGCAACACCUUCUUCAUAGACCUGGUCUCAACCGUGUGCUUCAAGGACAACUCUCCCCCUUGCAGGGCCAUCAUCCUCCACCUGCUGUCCUUCCUCAUGGUGGAGGUCCACUCUGUGCCCAUCAUCAGAGGUGGUGAGUGGGAGUGGGUGGGUGGCGAUGGGGGUGUGGGCUGUGUGUGUGCCGCUGUGUGUUUGUAUUUCUUGUGGUGUGUUUGUCUUGUGUGUGUGUGGUUGUCCUCACAAUCCUCUUCCUCUUUGCCAGGUCAUCGUCAGAUUCUGACCAAGGCCCUCUCUCCCUUUGAUGACUCUGUUGACAAAAACCCAGUCGUUCGGUCGGUUGUACUCAAACUCCUGCUCAAAUACAGGUGAUUAUGUGACUAGUACUGCUAGACUACUCUUUAAUUCAUGAUUUUAAGUAGAUGAAGAUUUUUCAAAUGCCCCUCACUGUUUUAUUAAAUUCAUGUUUGUUUUGAAGCUUUGAUGAUGUCAAAGGCUACCUGCAGCAGCACCUGACGGCAGUUGAACAGAGCAACAUCUUGGAGGAAUCAGACAAGACGGAACUGUAUUCUCUGUAUAUCAACUGUCUGGAGGUAGGUGUACAUAUGGCCCAUUGAAUCAACUGUCUGGAGGUAGGUGUACAUAUGGCCCAUUGAAUCAACUGUCUGGAGGUAGGUGUACUGAUGGCCCAUUGAAUCAACUGUCUGGAGGUAGGUGUACAUAUGGCCCAUUGAAUCAACUGUCUGGAGGUAGGUGUACAUAUGGCCCAUUGAAUCAACUGUCUGGAGGUAGGUGUACAGAUGGCCCAUUGAAUCAACUGUCUGGAGGUAGGUGUACAGAUGGCCCAUUGAAUCAACUGUCUGGAGGUAGGUGUACAUAUGGCCCAUUGAAUCAACUGUCUGGAGGUAGGUGUACAUAUGGCCCAUUGAAUCAACUGUCUGGAGGUAGGUGUACAUAUGGCCCAUUGAAUCAACUGUCUGGAGGUAGGUGUACAUAUGGCCCAUUGAAUCAACAGUAGCAUUUAUGUGGUUGGUGUAUGUAAAGAGUUAUGCAGCAGUAAUUGUUGGUUUGAAGAGAUAUCGGCUAAGUACAUUGACUUGACUGUUUGGAUUUAAUGCAAAAUCCUAGCCUUAAAAUUAAAACAUAGUGGCUUGCUUUAAACUCAUUCUUUACUGCUGUGGAUUUAGUGACGUCAAUGGCUACAUAUGCUAUUUCAGUGACGCGUGCUAUUUCAGUGAAUAGUGCCAUUUCAGUGAAUAAUGCUGUUUCAAGGAGCUACAUGUAGAGUUUUUGCAUUGUAAUUUCAGAAAAUAUAAAAUCGCAUUCUAAAAUGCAGACUUUCUAUUUGACAACACAAGCCAGAUGGGAAAACUGCAUCCUCUUACACUGACGUCACUAAAAGGCGUGGUCAUCUCUUCCUCGAGCACAGCAAACAAUGGCUGAUGUAGAAAUCGCUCUGUCAUUUCCUGGUUGCUAAAAUUCCACACUCAAUUUCAGUUUAUGUAAGAAAACAAGCACUGAGUAGUGUAGGGCAGGGCUGCCCAACCCUCUUCCUGGAGAUCUACCGUCCUGUGGGUUUUCAGUCCAGUCAUAAUUUAACACACCUGAUUCUACUUAUUAGCUGCUCAACAAGACCUUAACUAGCUGAAUCAGAUAUGCUAAAUAGGGUUGGGCUGAAAACCUACAGGACAGUAGAUAUCCAGGAAGAGGGUUGGGCAGCCCUGGUGUAGGGAAUCAUUGUACCAUCUAAAUCACUGUGAAAUAUGUUUUCAAUUACAAAAAAUAUUGUUUUUAAGGCUGUUUUGAUGUUGAUGGACGAAACUAAAAUUAAAAUAGUCUUUGCUAUCCAGAAUCCUUGGGACGUCAGAUAGCACUAACCUCUUCACUGUGUUGCGGGGAAAUUGGAUGUGGGGGAGGGGGGAGAGUUGUUUAUAUUGAGGCUAAGUGUUCACCUAGCUUCUACAUGUGACAUCAUCAUCACACCUUCUUCUCCAUCCCAGGACUCCAUGUUUGAGUGGAUGCAGUGUCACACGGCGGCGGAGCAGCAGGCCUGCCUGCAGGACGAGAGUGUCUUCCUGGGGGACUUCCUGCAGUUGGACGCUGGCCACGCAGCCACCGUAGAGUACCUGCAGCAGGUGGCCAGGGUGCGCAUGGGGCUGGACAGGGCUGCAGACCUGCUGGUCCACAUGCUGUCUGCUGCUGCUGCCACAGGUAUGUACAUCAUCCUCAAUCCUUUUCACUAGGGUUUCUUAUUGGACCAUUUCAAGUAGUCUCCCAGUAUCACUCAUGUUUUUUUCUUCCAUUUUGUUCCUGUUGAACACGACACUUAUAAUUAAAAAUGAUACUUACUGAUGUAGGCCAACUGUCGUACAAUUUAUAUAAUUUAUUUGAUAGACUAUUCAAUUAUUUGAAUGUAUUUAUGGGCGGCAGGUAGCCUAGCGGUUAAAUUGUUGGGUCAGUAACCGAAAGGUCGCUGGUUUGAAUACCCGAGCCGACAAGGUGGAAAAUCUGUCUGUGCUCUUGAGCAAGGUACUUAACCCUAAUUUGCUACAGGGAUACCGUACUGCUAUGGAUGACCCUGUAAAACAGCUCAUUUAACUUCACCUACCCGGUGUAUGUGACAAUAAACCAUAUACUGUAUAUAUUUUGUAUUUUUUCUAUACGUUUGCCUAAUUAUCCUCGUCCCCCUCUCGAUCAAUCGUAUGUGUUCAUGUGACGCUUCCCUCUCCCAUUAUGGUCCAAUAGGAUCGCAGGAGGAGUCUCCUAACGGCGUUGCAGCCUUCCUGACCAGCGUGGUGGACCUGUGUAGACGCAGCGGAAACGACUGGUAUCGGGUUUACCUCAUCCGUAAGAUCUGCAGCCAGCGCGGUGUGGAGUUUGUUCAGAAACUCCUGAAGGUGGCUGACGUCCGGUGGUUGUUCCCUGCUGAAGUUCUGCAGCAUGUAAUGGUGGCCAUUUUGUCUUUCUUUAUAGGAGAGUAAUGUAGGGUGCAAUAAUAUGUCAAUACCAAGCUGGAAGUGGUACAGGGAUAGUCAACCUUUUAGUUUAGGGUGUUCUUAUUUAUUCCAAAAUGUUUUUAAGUUUGUUAGAUGGGUAUUUAAUAUCUAGAAUUUCAUGGCUAGCAUUUUUGGAGUAUGUAGCAAAAACAUUUUUUACUAAGUAGUCCUGUAUUCAUGUGAUGAUAUAAAAUAUCUUUCAUACCCUUUUAACCACUCUUGCGCUCUUCUAAUGUCCUUCAGAAUGAAGAUGGCAGCCAGAUAGACCAAUAUCUUGUGUGUGGAGAGGAUUACAAGACGAUCCGAGAUGCUGUUGCCAAGGCAAUGAUGGAAGGCAAAAUCGAGGGAUUGGACAAGGCUUGUGAGGUAUUGGUGUAUUUCUACUUUACUCCAUAAUUGAAACACCUGCAGAGCAUUUUGCAUAAGCUUGUGAUUAGAUUUUGCUUGUUAAUUUUUGUUCUUUCUAUCAGAUAUUAUGUUUAAACUGUUAAAGGCACAGUGCUGUCAAAACUAUAACAAUAUAAGGUUGGAAAAAUACUGUGAAAUUGUGAAAAUGAUGAUAAUGCCCUAUUAGUGUGAGAGCUGUUUGAAAAGACUGCCCAAAAUUUCAGCCUGUUUUGGUGGGAUCGAGUUUUGGCCUUCCGUGGUGACAUCACCAUGCAGUAAAUGAGUUAAUAGACCAAUAAGAAAAAGUUCCAAACCUCUGCCAAUAACAGCAAGUUUUCAGUUUUCCCCUCCCCACUCAGACCACUCCCAGACAAUCCUAGCAAAAUUCUUGCAUGAGAAAUUGCUCUUUGUUAAGAAGCUAUUGUUGUUUCUUUUUGACCAUUUUAAUUGAAAACAAUCACAGUAAGGUACUUAAUUGCUACCAAGAAAUGAUUAGAUAUUGAGAGAAAAACAGCUGCAUUGGAUGUGUGUGUGUGUGUGUGUGUGUGUGUGUGCAGGGCUGUACAUGUCCGCCACAGAAGAAGGCGGUCUACCUGCUCCUGGCCCUGUUCAGAGAAGUCACCUCUCUCUACAGAUCAGCCAAUGACAGCUUCCAUCCUAAACCUGUGGUAAGAGUCCUUAUACGAAGACAAAAUACUGUGACGUAGUCCCAAUUAUCUCUCCUUCCUUCACUGAUUUGAAAAGAAAUGACUGAUAUAAGACAUAUGGUGGAAACUCCUACUAGCCCAUGCCUCCACCAAUCAAAUGCUUUUAGAUUUGCGGGAAGUAUUGAACGAGUGCACACUUCAAGAGAAAGGAAUAUUAUUGUCUAUCACCUCAGCUUCCAUACUUCACCUGUCUCAACACAGUGUCUUUACACCUAAAGAUAACACUGUAUCAACUGUCUCGUCACUUCCCAUAUAAGACUUGUUUCUCUACAUCUCUCUGUUUAACCAAAUAUAUUUUACUCCCCCAGCAAUGCCAGGACCUGUUGGUAUUCAUCCAGGCCUCCAGGGUGCUGGUCAGCCCAGAGGUGAGGGCCUUCGCCCAGGCCCUGGUGGCCAACCGGCUGGGGCCCCUGGAGGUCCGUCCCGGGGCCUCUGGGGCCCAGUGUGUGGUGGUGGAGCUGAGCGUCCACCUGGCUGCAGUGCUGCUCUGUGGGAACCAGGGUCUACUGACGCCCCUCCAGCAGCUGGCCCUGCUGCCUGCCAACAUGCAGGUGGGAACACUGACUGGGUGCCAAAUGGCACACUGUUCCCUAUGUAGUGCACUACUUUAGUUUUGACCAUGGCCCAUAGGGUUAGGACUAGUUAGGAACUCACCUGGUUGCCUAGGUCUUCAUUUGACACGAAUAGAAAGGAAAUAACAAAAACCAGCAUACACACGGUCCUCCAGGAAUUUAGUUUGACACCCCUGGUCUGGAAGGAAUCCAGGCUAAACCCCUUUCACACUACAGAGCCGAGCCAAACUGUACUGGGCUGGCCUGAUAUUCAUUCAACAUUUGAUAGAAUCGUGUUGAAAAGGUAACCUGUGAAAAUAAAUAUCAAUGCUAUCACAGCAUGGUUUGGCUUUGCCCUAUAGUCUGAAAAGGGUUGGUUGAUUUAAUUAUUUAAAUAUUUUAAAACGCAUAUCCACCACAUCAGUGAAAUAGCAGUCAAUACAGUCCAUGAAAACAACAGCUUUCAACACAUUAAAGCCAGUGACUUAUCUCCAGGGUGGUCCUAGUACCCCGUUCUGUUCCGUUCUGUUCGUCAUGUAAAGGCCAGCUAACGUUGCUGUUUGUUCCUGUGUGUCUAUAGAGAGCCUUCCUCCCCACCAUGCCAGAGGACAUGCUAGCAGUGGCUCACAAAGCUAUGGGGCAGCUGCAGUGGUACUGUAAGUAUAGUAACAGACAGAUUUAGCAGAUUUAAUUGUCUAAAAUGUGAAGUCGUCAAGCUUUUCUUCUGCUCUUACACAGUUUGUCCCAACAAUCACCCGUGCACCAUCGGUGAGGUACAUAACAUUUUACUUUUUAGUUUAUUCUGAAUGAUCUUCUCUUUUGGCCCUAACUUUCAGUUUAAGUACGGUUUCUCAGAAUCUCUCUCUCUCCUACCCCUCUGUCUGACCCUUACCACAGUGUGGCCAGCCCAUGGAGAGGAGUCGAUGCCUGGAUUGUGGCCAUGAGAUCGGAGGGGACAACCACAAAGCUGUCCCUGGCUUCCAAGCCUUUCAGAUCCAGUGAGUGGGACUUUUAUGGAAUUUAUAAAAGACAGUUGAUAAUGGCUUGAGCAGGUGCUGCACUGUGCAGAAUUGGGUUCAAACAGUAUUUUAUUUUCUUUCAAAUUGUUUAGCUGUGCUUGAUUGAGCUGACCUGGCACAAAGGAACCAAUGGAAUAGCCCCCAAAAGUACAAACCCCACCCAUCUGGCCAUCCAAUCCAAGCAGGCUCAUACUAUUUGAACCCAGGUCUGGUAUCGUGACAGUACUGGAUAAUGUUUUCCCUCUUCACAGGGGUGACCGCACCCAGACUGGCCACAUCCUGGGAGAUCCCAGACGGAGAGACAACCUGGACAUGCAGGACACCAAGAACAUGUCCCCAGUGCCCUUUAACCUUCUGCGCCUGAUCACACACAUGGCCAUGCUGCUAGGGGCCAGCAGUCACCCCCAGGUAGGUACACUAGAACAGAUUUUCAAAACUCUCAUCGGGGACACAAAGCCGUUCCAUUGGUAACUAUUCCAGAGCUAACACACCUGAUUCAACUUAUCAACUAAUCAUCAAGCAUUUGAUAAGGUGAAUUGGUGUUAGUUCAACUAAAUUGUGAAAUGUCUGGGGAGGUUUUAAAACCACUGUACUAGAGGUAACUCUGGUCCUCUGUAGCUCAGCUGGUAGAGCACGGCGCUUGUAACGCCAAGGUAGUGGGUUCGAUCCCCCGGGAACCACCCAUACACGAAAAAAAAUUUAUGCACGCAUGACUGUAAGUCGCUUGGAUAAAAACGUUCUGCUAAAUGGCAUAUUAUUAGGUAACUGUUGUAGAUGGAUGGAUGUGGUAGUGGUUUGGCUGUUAUGUUGAUAAAGUGCGGACAGUUCAUCUAUUGAAGGACAGCUCAACUGUCUCUUCAUCUUCCUCCCCUUCUGGCCCUCUCCUGGCUCUCUCUCUCGCUCUCUUCAUCUCUCUCUGUCCUCUCUCUUACCUCUUGGCUCUCUCUCUCUCCUCCUCUCUGGCUCUCUCUCUCUCUGUCUCUCUCUCUCUGUCUCUCUCUCUCUCUGUUUCUUUCCCUCUUGGCUCUCUCCCCUUUGGCUCUCUCUCUCUCUCUCCUCUUGGCCUCUACCCUCUCGGCUCUUCUCCUUUGGCUCUCUCACCCUCUCUGGCUCUCUCCCUCUGGCUCUCUCUCUCUCUGGCUCUCUCUCUCUCUCUCUCCCUGCUCUUUCUCUGUCUCUUCUCUACCCUCUCUGGCUUCUACCCUCCUGGCCUCUUACCCUCUCUGGCUCUCACCCUCUCUCUCCCUCUCGUCUCUCCUCUCUCCUGGCUCUCUCUACCCUCGGCUCUCUCCUCUCUCUCUGGCUCGCUCUACCUCCCCCUCUCUCUCUCGGUAUCUCUACCCCCCCCUCGCUCCUCUGUAGUCAGCGGUGCAUCAAGCCUCCAGUGCCCGACCCCGGUACAUUCCUGUGGGACCACCUGUUGAAGGACAUGGAGCAGGUGACCAGGUCUCUGGGGAAGGGGUCAGACGACACGGUCAACACCGUCCACCUGGUCAUCAGCAGCCUUCUGGAGCCCCACCAGCCUGGUCAGUGUAAGGGACCAGGAAACACCUUGACGUCCUCAAUAGGUUUAAAAUCACUAAAAACAAGUAAAAGGUCUUAGAAUGUGCUUUAAGGUGAAGGUAGUUUAAAGUGAAAGAAUGUAUAAAAAUGUACUAUUAUUAUUUUUGAAUCAUUGUCUGUAAUUGAUGUCAGAUGCUGAAAGUUUCCCUCACUCUACUCUGCUUCUCUCUCCAGGGCCUGUUCCCUAUGACAACCUGCUCUCCACCAAGGAGGCUCGAAACGGCUGGGAGACCACCAUCAGCAAUGACAUCAUCACCCCUCAGCUGAAGGUACCUACUAUUGACAUCACAAAGUCACCAUUUUACUCAGUUUGCCAUCUCUAGAUGAAGGAAUUUCUUUAGCAUCUUCAAUACAGUCAACGAUAUUUGUUUUCUUUCAUUGGUCCAUCUAUAACCGUCGUUCAUUAGAGCACGCAACGGAAAACUUUUUUAAAAUGUUUGCAUUUCUUAUUGGACAAGGCUAGGUAGUCCCUCUCUGUUUGAAUCUGUUUUAUUCUGUUUAGUGUCUAAUGAACACUGCCCUGAAUAACAGAGAACCAUUGAUAUCUAAAUGAGACCCUCUCUUCCCCCUCUAUCUCUCUUUCUCUCCCCUCCCAUCCCAUCUCCAGCACCUGGACAGGCGGCUGAAGGAGGUGAACGCCUUCGUCCGGGCCGACUCGCGGGUCUCCUCCAACCCCGUGAUGAGGCUGGUGUUCGGGGACCCGCGCCUCUUCCUGACCUCUCUGCCCCGGGGGUCUCUGAUCCACAGCUCAGCCGUGUGGAGCUGCAGGGAGCGUGUGUCUCUGCUCAGCCUCACCCACAUUGUGGAGCAGCACGACGGCAAGGACACCCUGCCCAUGCUCUGGCGCUUCCUACAGAGGGUAAGAGCUGAGGCACCGCUGAACGGAAACCUGGGUCUUCUUUUUUUUUGCAAUGGAAGCAAGUGUUCCUUAUUGGACAGGUUCAUGUAUUCCCUCCUUGUUUCGGUAAUCAUGGUAGCCUCCACGUUAAUGUAGAAGGGUUUAGAAGCAUAUUCUAUUCUUAUUUACAAUAAAAGUGACUCCAAAAUGACACUACAUUAUUUACCAUUCAUUUUUAUUAGCACAAAAUAAUCUGAAACAACCAAAACAUUCAGUAUAAUGUACAGUGCAUUCGGAAAGUAUUCAGACCCCUUGACUUUUUCCAAAAAAAAAUUACGUUACAGCCUUAUUCUAAAAUUGAUAACCAAAAACAAAAUCCCUCAUCAAUCUACACACAAUAACCCAUAACGACAAAGCAUAAACGUUAAAAAUAUAUAUUUUUGCAAAUGUAUUAAAAAUAAGAAACGGAAAUAUCACAUUUACAUAAGUAUUCAGACCCUUUACUCAGUACUUUGUUGAAGCACCUUUGGCAGCGAUUACAGCCUUGAGUCUUCUUGAGUAUGACGCUACAAGUUUGGCACACCUGUAUUUGGGGAGUGUCUCCCAUUCUUCUCUGCAGAUCCUCUCAAGCUCUGUCAGGUUGGAUGGGGAGCGUCGCUGCACAGCUAUUUUCAGGUCUCUCCAGAGAUGUCUGAUUGGGUUCAAGUCCGGGCUCUGGCUGGACCACUCAAGGACAUUGAGACUUGUCCCGAACCCACUCCUGCUUUGUCUUGGCUGUGUGCUUAGGGUCGUUGUCCUGUUGGAAGGUGAACCUUCGUCACAGUCGGAGGUCCUGAGCGCUCCGGAGCAGGUUUUCAUCAAGGAUCUCUGUACUUUGCUCCGUUCAUCUUUCCCUGCCGCUGAAAAAUAUCUCCACAGAUGCUGCCACCACCAUGCUUCACCGUAGGGAUGGUGCUAGGUUUCCUCCAGACUUGACGCUUGGCAUUCAGGCCAAAUAGUUCAAUCUUGGUUUCAUCAGACCAAAGAAUCUUGUUUCUCAUGGUCUGAGAGGCCUUUUGGCAAAUUCCAAGCGGGCUGUCAUGUGCCUUAUACUGAGGAAUGGCUUCAGUCUGGCCACUUUACCAUAAAGGCCUGAUUGGUGGAGUGCUGCCGAGAUGGUUGUCCUUCUGGAAGGUUCUCCCAUCUCCACAGAGGAACUCUGGAGCUCAUUCAGAGUGACCAUUUGGUUCUUGGUCACCUCCCUGACCAAGGCCCUUCUCCCCCGUUUGGCCGGGCGGCCAGCUCUAGGAAGAGUCUUGGUGGUUCCAAACUACUUCCAUUUAAGAAUGAUGGAGGCCACUGUGUUCUUGGGGACCUUCAAUGCUGCAGAAAUGUGUUGGUACCCUUCCCCAGAUCUGUGCUUCGACACAAUCCUGUUUCGGCGUUCUAUGGACAAUUCCUUCGACCUCAUGGCUUGGUUUUUGCUCUGACAUGCACAUAGACAGGUGUGUGCCUUUCCAAAUCAAGUAAAAUCAGUUUAAUUUAUUCUUAAUACAUUUGCAAAAAUUUCUAAAAAUCUGUGUUCGCUUUAUCAUUAUGGGGUAUUGUGUGUAGAUUGAUGACAAAAAUGUUUUAGUUAAUCCAUUUUAGAAUAAGGCUGUAAUGUAAAAAAAAAAUUGGAAAAAGGGACGUGGUCUGAAUACUUUUCCGAAUGCACUGUAUGUAUUCAGUGGCUAAACACUCCAAGACCCUAAACGUGUUUACAGUCUCAUUUACAGUCAUAAUGUUGGUCAGACCUUCAUUCAAUGCAGUGUGAUUGGCAGUUUGUUUUACCAUACCCUGUGAUUGGUUGCCGUAAUAUACGACCGUAACAUCACCCGCCUGUGAUUGGUCUUUUGACAGGAGGCAGAGCUGCGGUUGGUGAAGUUCCUUCCUGACAUCCUGGCACUGCAGAGAGAUCUGGUGAAGAGGUUCCAGAACGUGACCGACCUCAACUGCGGAACCAUCGCAGAGUUCCUUCACAGCCAGAAAGCAGGUACUAGUUUAAACUAUACUUCUGGGUUAGUCACAGUACUGUAUGUCCAACUGAAAACCAUCAGUGGUAUUGUUUGUAUUAUUGGCAUCAUACAGCGAGCAGAUAUAUCAUUUAUUUCACUAUUGAGGCCAGCCGAGCUAAGCUGUAGUGUAGUAGCCAGUUAUGCCUCCACCAUAGAGGCUGGAAAAUAACAUCUAAGAGUCAGCUCUACAGUUCAGGCCAGAACACUAGUAUCAAAAGAGGAGUAAAGUUUGUUUACAAUAUAGGCUUAUAGAUUGAUUAUUAUGUUUGUUCUCACAGCCUCCCUCUCGGCCUGGUACGAGAAACGGAUCAAAAUCUUCCUGACAACGUGGAAUCAGCUUCGGGUCUCCCUGGCAACCAACGGUAUGAGAAAGAUAAACAUAGCACAAGUCUAGGGCUCUGUUAAUAAUGAAAUAAAUAAAUAAUAUUCAGUAAAUAUAUCCAAUAUUUUAAAAUAUGCUCUUUGGAGGGGCAUUCAUGCAUGAUUUCUUAAUCUGCAAUUUUGUGAUUAUAAUCUGUGUGUUUUGGCUCUGCUCCAGGUGAGAUUAAAAUCCCUGGCGAGUUCUGCCAAGAGGACCUGGACCUGACCAGUGACUUCUUGGUUCUGUUGCCACGGCGACAGGGUUCCGGCCUGUGUUCCACGGCGCUGGUCAGCUACCUCAUCGCCCUGCACAACGAACUGGUCUACUGCGUUGACAAGCAUACUGGAGAGGAGACCAGGUGAGGGUGCUGUUGUCCUAUUUCAUUUUCACUCAUCUGGGGCCGAAGUAACCAAGCAUCUCGGAGUAGGAGUGCUGAUUCAGGAUCAGUUUUUCCUUUAGGAUCACAAUAAGAUCACAUGGAUGGGGGGACCUGAUCUGGGAUCGGCUCUCCUACUGAGACGUUUGAUACAUAUCUCAGACUACAUCGGUCUGAGAUGUAGUCAGUUGUACAACUGAAUGCAUUCAACUGAAAUGUGUCUCCCGCAUUUAACCCAGAGAGGUGCGGGGUGCUGCCUUAAUCGACAUCAUCGGCGCACGGGGAGCAGUUGUUGUUGCAGGUUAACUGCCUUGCUCAAGGGCAGAACGUCAGAAUUUUCCACCUUGCCGACUCGGGGAUUCAAACCAGCGACAUUUAGAUUACUGGCCCAACACUCUUAACUGCUAGGCCUGUGGUUCCCAACCUCUUUUGGUUACUCUACCACCAACUGAAUUUUGCUCUGCCCAGAGUACCCCUGAAGUACCCCCUCAUGUGCAUUUUACCAGUAGGCCUAUGGUCUCAUGAGUCUUCUCAAGUACCCCCUGUGGAUAGGUCAAGUACCCCCAGUGGUCCUAGUACCCUUGGUUGGGAACCACUGCGCUAUGCUGCCAGCCAAACUGAUAGAAAGCAGAAGCAGACAUGGUUGAUAUCACCCGCUUACACACAUUCUUACACCAACAAUAUGGUCAUUUAGCAGACCCUGUUAUCCAAAGAAACUUCCAGAACUGUCAACAUUGACACAUGCAGUAUAUCGGUAUAUGUGGCCAUGCAGGACUCAAACCCACAACCCUGGUGUACUGGCAGCACCAUGAUCCCUACCUCACCCAGCCAUUGGAACCACAUUAGUUCACUCUUCUCCUUUCCCUCCCCCAGCUACACAGUGAGCCCGGCGGACCUGAGCGACCUGCACAUGAUCCGCUACGAGCCGGAGAGAGAUCUGCUGCCCUUGGUUCUGUCCAACUGCCAGUACAGCGUGGAGCGUGGCCAGGAGGCCCUGCACGAGUACGACCUGCCCAAGAUCCAGCAGCAGAUCCUGGCCCGCUUCCUGCAGGGCAAGCCCCUCGUCACCCUCAACGUGAGUCAGUCUGUCUCUCAGCUGUCGGUCAGUCAAAUGUACAGUUCUAGGCAUCAACAAAGUUACUAAAUGCCUGUGCUGCAGCAAGGUACAUUGUUAAUGUGACAAACUCUCUCGUAGGGUGACGCCAAGUUCAUUAGCAAUCGUCUAACAAUAACAAAUGUUAUGAAAUACAUUUUUUAAAUAUGCUCUUAAAGGGUAAAACUACAUCCACUUAUAAACAUAUUUUUUACUAAAGUUAGUGUGCGGUUAGAGGUUAAACCAGAACUGUAUAGAUUUCCCUUUUUACAGAAACACUUAGCUGUCACAAGCUGCGUUACACAUUCUGAUAUUUUUUUCACUAAUUGGUCUUUUGACCAAUCAUAUCAGCUCUGAAAAAGAUCUGAUGUGAUUGGUCAAAAGACCAAUUAGAGUAAAAAAGAUCAGAAUGUGUCUGCCUGUGUAAAAGCAGCAACAGUGAGGUAAAGACAACAGCGUUACUAUAUGACCAUGUAGUAAACAGGAAGAGGUUUUGAUUUGUUACUAACUGCCGUCUCAUACAGGGAAUCCCAACCCUGGUGAACAGACAUGACCGCAAUUAUGAAAAUAUCCUCAAGGACGUAAAAGGAAAGGUUCAACAGGUAAGUCACAAUAACUCUGGUGACAUGUUGUCACAUGGUAUGAUAUGAACGGGGAAAUCUUUGAUUGGUACUCUACAUCCAGUUUUGGAACACAACCCUGGCAUGAGGUUGAGUUGACCCUGUUCUAUGCCUGGUCCACGUCGCUGUCAUUUCCCUGUUUGUGACCUUUUCCCUUUGUGUCCCUAGGAGCCCCUGCCCAUCCUGACCCUGUCAGCGCUAGCUGGGGAGCUGCAGUCAUACAGCGAGGUGUGUGAGGCGCUCUCCACCGUGGAGGUGGCACUGGGCUUCCUGGCCAUGACAGGCGGCGAACCCCAGCUGCAGCUAGAACGCUACCUGGAGGAGGUUCUGCAGAUGGGAGACCAGACAGCCCCACACAUCCUCAAGGUCAGCUCCCUUCCUCCGUCUGCAGUCUGGAGCCCACAGACUGUCCGGGUGCAGCAGUAACAUAUCUCUGUCCUACACUCUGUUUAUGACAGAGAUAACUCUGUCCACUCUGUCGAAUGGUUUAGUUGGUAGCUGAGAGCCUAAAGCCAGAUUUUUGUUUCACCACUCCAUCUAGCUGGCUCUCCAUUGGCUUCCUUACAGGAACCAGUAAACAGAUGGAUACCCUUAACAGAAAUUAGUGUCUUAAUUUAAUCUUGUUGUCGUAAGCUUUUUGGGGUAUAUAGCUAGCAUAUUAUCAAUCACUAUCUAGCCUAAUUGGUAUUAAUUGUACCCUAAAGUUAAUACAACACAUCUCUCGGUAAGGUGAGCUCUUUCAAGAGAGAACCCGUUAGCAGUGAUGUCAUGUUUUCUGACCAUGUGAUUGGAGGUUAUAUUAAACUAAGGGAUAGUUCACCCAAAUUACAAAAUUACAUGUUGGUUUCCUGACCCUGUAAGCAGUCUAUGGAUGUAAGACAGCAAUGCAUUAUUUGGUUUUGUUUACCUGGCCACUGUUUCAAAUGCUAACCUUUUUUGCACAAAUCCAGUGCAAUGUUGCCCUGAGCAGGUGUAGUCUGAGUCACUGUGUUGUCCUCAUGCAGGCCCUGAGCAGGUGUAGUCUGAAACACUGUGUUGUCCUCAUGCAGGCCCUGAGCAGGUGUAGUCUGAAACACUGUGUUGUCCUCAUGCAGGCCCUGAGCAGGUGUAGUCUGAAACACUGUGUUGUCCUCAUGCAGGCCCUGAGUAGGUGUAGUCUGAAACACUGUGUUGUCCUCAUGCAGGCCCUGAGCAGGUGUAGUCUGAAACACUGUGUUGUCCUCAUGCAGGCCCUGAGCAGGUGUAGUCUGAAACACUGUGUGGCCCUGUGGCAGCUCCUCACCUCACUCAAGUCGGAGAACAUGCUGCGCCUCAAGAGGGUAAGACGACGAGACACCACACAUUCACCCAGACAACAGUCUUCACAUUAAACUGUUAAUGGUUUUGUUAGGGUCAUGUUUUUACACUGGUUAUGAAGUUGUUUGUCUGGAUUACUGUUUGUGUGGGUGAGAUGUGUUUGAAUAACUUACAACAUAAGUUGUAACAUUGUAACUUAAGUUCUACUAACUUACAAAAUUCAGUUACACUAACUUUAGUUAUACUAACUUACAAAAUCUGAUAAAUAGCAAAUGAUCGUAAUGUCAUGUUUCACCCUAGUGUGUGUCUAUUAGUAGAAGUUUCACUAAACCCCCCCUCUCCAUCCCUCCCUCCCCAUCCUCAGGACCCGUUUGUGGGGGUCUCAGAGAAGUACAGGAAACCCCUGGGCGAUGAAGAGCGGAGGCUGCUCACUACGUUCUUCACCAAGAGCAGCGCUGACUCGUUCCUGCUGGAGAUGCACGAGUUCCUGCUGCUGGUCCUGAAGAACCCCCGUGCCCUCGACACAUACAGGCCUGACUGGGGGUAAGCCAAGGGGAUAACAGCUAGCUGGCAUGGUGUAGUCUCUCUUGACACUCUUAGCUACCUAGUGCCCAUAGAUUUGGUUCUGGGUUCCGGGAUUAGCAAAAUUGUAGUGUUCAAUUUUGUAGUAUUGUUUACGUCAAAUGAACAUCACGUAUGUGUUUCACAAGGCCCACAAACAUCUCUGGGUGAGGCAUGUUUGAUGAAAGUAAAAAUCACAUGUCCAUUAUCCUUUCCUCCAUCGUCCUGCAGCCUGAAAGACACCCUGCUGUCCUACAUGGAGCGUAAGGACCUUGACGUUCCCCACGACGUGGACGAGUUGUUCCCCGGAGAGAUCAUCCUGGCUCAGUACAUCGAAGCCUGGAAGUUCACUGUGGCCUUCAAACAGGAGCGCAGCCAGAGAUAG